UAUGAAUUGCGAAUAUUUCUCUUCAAUUUACGAAAAAAUGGGCUCCGUUUUUAAUUACAGUUAUAUUUUGGAGGUCACAAACGGAAGUUGCGUCGGUGUCUCUGUUUAACUUGACGUGUUGUUAGCCUGUCAGGCUGUGUGCGGACCGUGGAGGGGACAGCAUGUCGUACAGUGCGAAAAUAGGUCCGUCCAUCCUGAGCAGCGACCUGUCCUGCCUGGGCAGCGAGUGCGUGCGGAUGAUGGAGUGCGGAGCUGAUUACCUGCACCUGGACGUCAUGGACGGACACUUUGUCCCCAACCUCACAUUUGGUCACCCCAUGGUGGAAUGCCUGAGAAAAUCAGUAGGCCAAGACCCUUUCUUUGAUAUGCACAUGAUGGUGUCUCGGCCGGAGCAGUGGGUGAAACCCAUGGCAGCAGCUGGAGCCAACCAAUACACCUUCCACCUAGAAGCCACCACAAACCCUGGAAACCUCAUCAAAGAGAUAAAAGAGAGCGGCAUGAAGGUGGGUCUGGCCAUAAAGCCCGGUACUACUGUGGAAGAGCUGGCUCCAUGGGCUAACCACAUCGACAUGGCUCUAGUCAUGACUGUUGAGCCUGGUUUCGGAGGACAGAAGUUCAUGGAGGACAUGAUGCCCAAGGUGAGCUGGCUGCGGAGUCAGUUCCCUUCGCUUGAUAUUGAAGUGGACGGAGGCGUGGGCCCAGACACCAUUCACAAAUGUGCAGAGGCUGGUGCUAACAUGAUCGUGUCGGGCAGCGCUGUGAUUGGUAAUGACGACCCUCGUUCUGUCAUCGCUCUCCUGCGUACGGUGGUGGCCGAAGCCAUCCAGAAACGGUCACUGGACCGCUGAUACGUCCAGUUCCACCUGCCUGUCCCAGCAAAUCACAGCAGCCACCAGAGGGGACGACUCAGCAUAGACACUUCUGGGGUUGAGGUGGAGGGGUGGGUGGGCUCAUGGAGGCGUUCGCUGACGGUCAGAUACCAGAUCACUUUGACAUGGGUCAAGCAGCAUCGUGCCUGUCUAAACUUGGUCUUCCUCUCCUGCCUCCGUCUCCGUUCUGAACGGUUAACUUAAACUGAGUCUCGUCUUAAGCUUUGGAGAAAAUUUCAGGACUGGAACGUAGUUUACGCUGAUAAUGUCGGUAAACAUUCCAGAGCAUUGUUUUUAGUAUAAAUCAUUUACACAAAAUAAAAUAACCCCGAAAACAGUGUGUUUCAUAUACCUCAAUUUUUUUUUUCUGCUUUCCUUCUGAAAUCGUGUUCUAAAGAUAAACAAAUGCUCACUCACUGUUUAUUGAAUUUCUGUUAUCUGUACUACUGAGCUAAUACAUUGUGCACCAACAAAUUCCAAAAGAUCUGAUUUUGCAGAUUAAAACGUCUCAAGUGAAGUCUGGACUCUUUGCUGUUUGGUCUCCAUGGUGAUUCCAACUAGAAAGUGUGCAUUUGCAGCUUACUUAAACAAAGAAAGAGAAUUAACUGAUUUCAGUGGGAAAAACCUUUUUGCACAUUCACCAGACACUCAGUGAGUGGUGGUGCAACCUUCAAGCAGCUAUAACACUGUUAAGGCUUUUCGUUCUAAUAUUUAAUCUUAAAAAAAUAUAUAUAUAAACACA